UAUUUUCGUUUUCGUCAUCGUUGACGAAAACAACACUGAUUUACGCCCUAUUCAUGUUGCACAUGUAUGUUUAUGAUGUAACUUGUUUAUUUAGCCCUUUUGGAUAAUAUUGAGAGUCCAACUGAAUGUAAAAGAAUGCUUAUUCGCCGCCAUAAAAGCAGGCAAAAUCUGACAGGACACCAGGUUACGAGAGCUGUCGUUUAUUGUGUCCAUGCUGCCGUAUAUGCUAGAACAACACAGCCGUGAUAGGCAGCUUGAGUUGCCAGGUUUGAUCGUUUUCCGCUAUAAAUCUGUUUUUUAUCGUGUGUUUUUAGCCUAUGGCUUUAUCUGUUUUGUCUGAAAGGCUCUAACGAGGUUAUGAACACCGCUCACAACCACUAGAAGGAGCGUGUUCACAGUAAUGUUCAGACAUUGUUGAGACAGCAAAAUGAUCCGUUCAAUUCAAGUUCGCCCAAAUUGUAAAUCUGUUCAUUGAACGCGUUCAUGCACAACACUGACUAGCAACAAAGCUAACGUUUACUAGCAUUACAGUACAUCCAACAAAGCCAACUCAGAUUACUCAACACCAUAUAGUGUCCAUUCGGUGCAACGUUUACUAGAAUUACAGUACAUCCAACAAAGCCAACUCAGAUUACUCAACAUCAUAUAGUGUCCAUUCGGUGCAAUGGGAAUUAAUUUUACACUCUGGUUUUAUCAUUACGGUCUUUCUCAAACAUUCAGGGAAUAAAUACCACACUGUCGUCAAUUGUUUCGCAGGUUCUCAAAUCCCUUGAAGGUUAAGAAGUAUUAUAUUACUUUUUAUCAAAAGAUCUAUGGAUUCGUUUGAGAAGAACAAAACAGACUGUCCUCUUGUAAAGUACUUGACAAGCAUGGAACUAUUCAGGCUUCGGCUGCAUUUUGCCACAUGGCACAGCAUUGUAAACCAAACCCUGUGUGAAUGAUCCAUUCUGGUCAUUCCUAAGGGAGGAAAAAUGUGAGAGGUCAAAUAUCCUCACACGUAUGUUUUAUUUUUUUUUAAGUAAAUUUCUCCUGACGGUUCAUGAUAACCUCUUAGGAACGUCCUUAUGUUUUUGACCAUCUGCUUGCACUUUAGGGUGUGACGUGAAACAAAACCAAGAAGAACAACGUGAUUGUCGCCAAAUGGAGGGUGUGGCAUCAAGUUUUGUGAUGGCUGGGUGGAACGUGUAAUUGGAUGCACUCCAGCUGGUGUGUGAGAGUGGGCGUGCGGUGUGCUCUCUGCUGUAACAGUUUGGAUGGCUUGUCCUUGAAUAACUUGGUGACAUAUUGGAACCGUCUGUAGUAACAUUUGCCACCUAAUCACUGAUGAAUACUUAAAGCCCAUCCUAAAAUCAAGGACGUUUCUCUCAAUUGAAUGGAUGCAACAUGGAAAUUUCUUGGAUUGUUGUCUUUGGUCAGCCCGUGCAAAUGUGUCAUUCCACUUCUAUAAUCCGAGAAUUUUAGAGCAAUAAAGGCACAUUGGCCACUUCUUAACCGUCGCAUGACAGGAUUAAGUAAAACAAAAACUACACAAGCCAGGAGGGAUCAGGUUAACCCUUUCAAGAUUUUCUUCGUGAAUAAAUGUGGUUAAAAACCCUGAGAUCCUUUCCUUUUUUGGCUUAGGGGCAAGUUUGAGACUGCUUGUAUUUACUCCUCCUCCUGGCUGUUUACUUAUAGUCCUUUCGGUCCCUUUUAGGAAUUGUUCAUAACAUUGUUUCAAACUUAAGCGUUUAAAAGUGGAAGUUUUGAAAGCAAGAUAAGUGUUUUUGUCAUGACGUUUAUCACAGCUAAAUGUAUUAGACGCCUAUCAUUGUCAAUGGCAGCCAGUGAGCAAAGUGCCUUGGGAUUCGUGGACUGAAUGACAGAUUUGGGAACCCUCUCCAUGUCAGCAUGACUAAUUCAGUCCAGUGGAAAUUCCCUUUUUUGUCUCUGGGCUUUUUCAUCCACUUUUCUACCCUGCUUUUAGUCUUCCUUAGCAGGCAUCGCAUAGCCUGCUCACUGCUUUCGAUGAUUUUUCUUGUCUAUAGUACUUCCUACAUGUUUAAGAACGGAAAAGACUAUAUCAGGCACAGGAAAAAUGAACUUCCUUUCCCUUCCAUUUUACUUUCACUGUUCAAGUUGCUGGUUUUGUAAUAGCAGUUCAGUCAACUUCAGAAACAUUUUAGUUUUUGGCAAUAUAAAAUUUGUUCGAUUGAUGCAUUGUUGACGUCAGGAAUAGUUCGUUUCAGCUAUAUAUUCAUUACAGAUCCUAAUGUGACCGUAACAGCCCUCGUCUGCUAACUUUUCUCACCCACUCAUGAAGUGUUUGCGGGGUAUGUGGCUCCACGCACACGUGUGAUGUCCCAGCACCCCAACUCAGCGCCUUUGGUGCAGAAAAAAAAAAUAAAGUUCUCGCACCUCCUACUUCCUCUUUUACUUAUUACUGUUCUUCCGUCUCCUGCUACCACCUUGUCGUCAUCUUCUGCGUUGUUUUUUUUUUUCACUUUCUGACAUGAAUUUAAGUAAGUGGAUGUCAUGGCGAAAGCGCAAUUUUUUCAGGAGGAAACGGAAGCCUGAAAUAAUUCUUGACGUUGAUGAACAUGACUUGGUGCAGAAAAAAACAUUCACCAAAUGGAUAAAUGCACAGUUCUCAAAGGUGGGCAAAACAACCAUCAAGGACAUGUUCUCUGACCUGAGGGAUGGCAGGAAACUGCUGGACCUGUUGGAGGGACUCACUGGCAACAUCCUGACCAAAGAGCGAGGCUCCACCAGAGUGCACGCGCUCAACAAUGUCAACAAAGUACUUCAAGUUCUGCAUCAGAAUAAUGUGGAUUUGGUAAACAUUGGCGGGACCGACAUUGUGGAUGGAAACCACAAGCUGACUUUGGGCCUCAUUUGGAGUAUUAUUCUUCACUGGCAGGUGAAAGACAUCAUGAAAGGUGUCAUGUCCAGCCUCCAACAAACCAACAGCGAAAAGAUUUUGCUCAGCUGGGUGCGCCAGUCUACUCGCGCUUACCCGGAGGUCAACGUGCUGAACUUCACCACCAGCUGGGCCGACGGUCUGGCUCUCAACGCCAUCCUGCACCACUUCAGGCCUAAUGCAUUCAUUUGGGAUGAUGUGGUCCAAAUGAGGCCUGUUGAGCGACUGGAGCACGCCUUCACUGUAGCCAAAGACCAGCUGGCUAUUGAGAGGCUACUGGAUCCCGAAGAUGUGGCAGUGCAGUUACCAGACAAGAAGUCUAUACUUUUAUACGUGACGUCACUGUUCGCGGCGUUACCCAAAGACGUCAGCAUGGAAUCCAUUCGAGAAGUGGAGACGCUACCGCGCAGAUUUAAAGCAGAGGCAGAAGAUUCGGGUCCGGGUCUUCAUGCACAGAGUAUGGAGCAAAGGAACUCGGGCAACAGCCCCCGACCGGAGACCCCCGACGCACUGACGGAAGAGGAGAUGGAAGGCGUCGUCCUCGAGGCCGACUUGGACACCUACCAGACCACCUUGGAGGAGGUACUGACCUGGCUGCUGUCAGCCGAGGAUGCCUUGCAAAUCCAGGACGAGGUGUCGGACGAUGUGGAGGAUGUUAAAGAGCAGUUUCAUACACACGAGGCCUUCAUGAUGGAGCUGACGGCUCACCAGAGCAGCGUGGGCAACGUGCUGCAAGCCGGUAAUCAACUGAUCGCCCAGGGCAGCUUGUCAGAAGAGGUGGAGGAUGAAAUACGGGAGCAGAUGAGCCUGCUGAAUUCCCGCUGGGAGAGCCUACGCGUGGCUAGCAUGGACCGCCAGGCCAGGCUCCACGAAGUCCUGAUGGAACUCCAGCAGCAGCAGCUUCAGCAGCUUUCUGAUUGGCUGAGUCAGACUGAAGAUCGCAUCAGAAAAAUUGAAACUGAGUCGGCGGCUAAAGACUUAGAUGACUACAAGGACCGCAUCGAGCAGCAUAAAGAGCUUCAGAACGACCUGGAGGCGGAGCAAGUGAAAGUAAACUCCCUGACGCACAUGGUGGUUGUGGUGGACGAGAACAGCGGUGAGAGCGCCACUGCGGCCCUGGAGGAGCAGCUACAAUCUCUGGGUGAGCGCUGGGCAGCUGUUUGUCGCUGGACAGAGGAGAGGUGGCACAAGCUACAGGAUGUCUUCCUGGUGUGGCAGCAGCUGGUCUCGGAUCAGACUUUAUUCAGAACGUGGUUGGAAGAACGAGAAGAGGCAUUGAGUGAAGUUCAGACAAGCAGUUUUAAGAAUCCGAGUGAAAUUAACACUAAAGUGCGGCAGUUAGCGAUUCUCAAGGAGGAUAUGGAAAAAAAGAAGAAGACACUGGACCAACUGACCGACGCCGGACAGGAUGUGAUGUCAUUGUUACGGAGCGGCGAGGCCGGAGCAAUCAUCGAGGCGGACACUGAAGAUUUGGCCCAUCGAUGGGACAACCUAGUGCAGAGGCUGGAGGACUGCUCCUUCCAGGUAAUGGAAGCAGUGACUGACGCUGGGAUGACUCAGGUGGAUGAACAAGUCGUCAUGAAGCCAGUUGCAGUGUCCGGCGCCACUGACGAGGAGUUGGCUCCACCUGCCCCUCCCAAGAAACGAUUGGUGGAGACCGAUGUAGAAGUCAGAAGAUUGUUUGAAAAUAAACUUUCCGACCAACUCAGCUGGAUCAAAAAGUGGAAGAAGUCUACUGAAUCUAUAGCCACCACGCAACCGGACACUACAACCGAUACUCAGGAGCUGCAGGAAAAGUUGAAGGCUCAAGAGGUGGAACUUAAAGCAAAAAAACCUGCUAUCGAUCAAGUGAUCCAGGAAGGUCGAGGCUUGAUGGAACAAUUGGAGAGAGAGGGCGUGCAUGUGGAUUCGGUGCGGGCAGAUGUAGAUCUGAUUCAAACUGAAUUGGACACGUGCGCGAGGGAGCAGCAGGCGGCCCGCGACCGAGUUGACGCGCGAACUCGGUUCACGGCACUGUCUGCUGAUCUGGCCGGACUGGAUCGGGUCUUGGAUGAGCUGGACGGAUGGCUGGACUCCACUUGUGUUGUAGAAAAGUGCGACAUUGGCCAACUGAGGAACCUGAGUGAAGAAUGUCAGUCCCGGCUGGUCCCUUUCAGUGCGUUGAGUACGCAGUUGGAACAGAUUCGUGCAGAUGCGGAGAUGCUUCCGUCGUUAAAGGACAACAUGGUGGCGGUUUCUGCUCAUCACGGCUCCACACGACAGCGACUACUGAGCAAACAGCAAGAGGCCAACCAAGCUCUGGAGGCCAUCCAGGCACGAUCUCUUCUGGUGGAAGGCCUAGAGGCCAGGCUUUCUGCUCUGAGACGAGGAGUCAACGACAUUGCUGCAACUGAGGCAGCAGUGCAGCGAGCUCAGGGUUUGUGUCUUGAUAUUGAACAAACACAGCAAGCCUCCCAUCCCGCAGAGCAACAAAGAUGGACUCAACUGUCCACGAAAGCUCGGGAGGAGAUGGCCGGUCUUAAGUGCAUUUUGGGAAACAUGAAGGACAAUCAGGUGCGGACGGCGGAGGUGGAGCGCUGGUUGGAGGCGGUUCAGGAGCUUUUGUCCCGGGAUGCGAGAAGGUCAAGUGACGCACACAGCUUAGAGGAAGAAUUGAGUCACUGCAAGGAAUAUGUGAAUGAGAUGGACUCCGUGCAAGGUGCCUUGAAGCUGAUGGAUGAGAAUGUGAGAGCCGUGCAGGCGGCUGCAGUACCGGGGUUGGCCGAGUGGGGGCAGCAGGCGGCGGAAGACCUCCGGAGUCAAGUGGAUUCCCUUUCAAAACAGUUGCUGAGCUUACAGGAUCGUUUGUUAGAAAGUCAGGAGAAGCAGGUGAAUUUGAAGAAAGACUUGGCCGAGAUGCAAGAAUGGAUGGCUCAAGUGGACGAGGAGUUCCUAAUGAGGGACUUCGAGUACAAGAGUCCUGAGGAGCUCGAGACCGCGCUGGAGGAAAUGAAGAGGGCUAAAGAGGAUGUGCUACAGAAGGAGGUGAAAGUGAAGAUCCUGAAGGACAGCAUCAACACGUUGGUCGCCAGAACAGCGCCGACUGGUGGUGGUGGCUUGACAUCACAGCUGGAGGGCGUUCUGGGUAACUACCAGAAGCUUUGCGACCGCCUCAAGAGCAAGUGCCACACCUUGGAGGAGGUGUGGUCGUGUUGGAUGGAGCUGCUGCAGUAUCUGGACAUGGAGCAGUGUUGGCUAAACACGUUAGAGGAAAAGCUGCAAGCUACGGAAAGUCUGCCGGAGAGCACUGAAGUGUUUCAUGAUGCGCUUGAGAGUUUGGAGACCGUUCUCCGUCACCCGGCGGACAACCGCACACAAAUCCGAGAGCUGGGUCAGACGCUGAUCGACGGCGGCAUCCUGGACGAGCUCAUCGGCGAGAAACUUGAAGCCUUCAAUUCCCGCUAUGAGCACCUCAGUCAGCAGGCUGUCAACAAGCAAAUGGGCCUGGAGCAGCAGCUGACCACGUUGAAGGAGAAUGAACAAGCGCUCCAAACUCUCCAGGAGUCUCUUAGUCAGUUGGACCACACGCUCACUUCCUACCUUACAGACCGCAUUGAUGCCUUUCAGCUUCCCCAGGAGGCGCAGAACAUAGCGGCAGAAAUCGCAACACAUGAAGUGACAGUGGAGGAAAUGCGGAGAAGGAACGUGGCCAAUUUGCCACCCCCGGCCACCGAUGGCAAAGGUGCCAAAGGUGGAACCAUGCUGGACCAGCUUCAGAGAAAGCUCAGAGAGAUUUCCACAAAGUACCAACUGUUCCAGAAGCCUGCUAACUUUGAGCAGCGCAUGUUGGACUGUAAGAGGGUUCUAGAUGGCGCCAAGGCUGAGUUGCACGUUCUGGAUGUCAGGGAUUUGGACCCUGAGAAAAUCCAGUCCCACCUCAACGGCUGCAUGAAACUGUACAAGCUGCUGAGCGAGGUGAAACUAGAAGUGGAGACGGUGAUUAAAACAGGUCGGCAAAUUGUGCAAAAACAACAGACGGAGAACCCCAAGGCCAUGGACGAGCAGCUGACUGCUCUCAAACUGCUUUACAACGAUCUAGGAGCGCAGGUCACGGAGGGCAAACAGGACUUGGAAAAAGCCUUGUCGUUGUCACAAAAAUUCCAUAAGGAGAGCGCCACCCUGCAGGAGUGGCUGACAACCAGCGAAGCAGGGCUGCAGCAGAAAAACAACAGUGGAGACAUGCCGGCAGACAUUGACGCGGAGAUUGGUUGGGCUAAUGGCCUUUUGAAGGAGUCUGAACGUCGCAAGGUGGAUUUAUCCAGUCUGAUGGAGACAAGUGGCGGGCUGCAGACAUUGGUUGAGGGCAGCGAAAAGCAGUUGGAGGACAAACUCUGCGGCCUUAACGAGUCUUGGGGCCAAGUGCGCACGUGGAUUGAGGAUUGGCUCAGUGCUGUGCUGAGUCACCAGAAUGAGGUGGAAAUCUUCGAUGAAAACCUGGCACACAUAAGCACGUGGCUCUACCAGACUCAGAUACACCUAGAUGAGGCGGAGCGACUGGAGCCAGGAGAGCGCGAGAAGGUGGUCAAGAACAUGCUUGAAGAGCUGGAAGACGUCGGGUUGCGCGUGGACAACGUGCGGGACCAGGCCGUCAUUCUGAUGACCAGUCGGGGGACCGCCUGCCGAGAUGUCGUGGAGCCUAAAUUAGCUGAGCUCAACUGCAACUUUGACAAAGUUUCACAGCACAUUAAAACCGCCCAGAUGAUGACCAGCUUGGAGUCAGUAGGUGUGGACGUGAAACAGCAAGUGCCUCAGCAGGAUGUCAUUCCCAACCUGGAGACGUCAGUGGAGACUCAGACUGAAGCACUCCACCCCAGUGACCUGCAGGAAUUUCAGGCUGAGCUUCAGGAGACCCUCAGGACUCUGCAGCAGGACCCUGCGAAUAUCCCAGAUGAUGACAAGAUGGACGAGGAGAAAGCCAGCGUUGAAAACCUGCUGAGACGAGGAGAAGAUCUUCUCCAGCAAACGUCUGAUGAGGUCCAGCGAGAGGAAUUGAGACUCUUGCUGCUUAGACUUCAGAACCAGUACUCCUCGCACAGGGAGUUGAGGGUGUUGAGAAGCAGACAGCUCGACGUAGAAUCGUCUUCCCACAUGAUAACGCAGCAGAUAAAAGACUUGCCGCCUGAGGAUGGGAAGUCGGUGGUGGACCACGGCCGAGCCCUGACUCCGUCCAGCUACCAGCUGGAUAUUAACAAAGUGCUGCUGGCCAUGGCUGACAAUGAGCUGCUGCUCAACUCCUCUGAGCUCAGCGGCGGACUGUAUGAAGACUUCUCCAGCCAGGAGGACACACUCAAGACCAUCAGCGAAAACCUGGAACGGCUAGGCGAGCGGGUGGCCGGAAUCCAUCAGCGCCACCCGGACGUCAUCCAGCACGCAUCACCUGCCGAGGUCUCCCAGACGGAGGAUGCCCUCUCGCAGCUCAAUGCCGAUUGGGACCGCAUCAACCGCAUGUACAACCAGCGAAAAGGGAGCUUUGACCGGGCCAUUGAGGAAUGGAGGCACUUCCACUGCGACAUGAAUGACAUGAACCAAUGGCUGACUGACACUGAGAGGCUGCUGUCGGACGGCGUCAGCCCUGAGGGACAGUUGGACCUGGACACGGCGCGGCGUCACCAAGAGGAGUUAGAAGAAGGUCUUGCUAGCCACCAGGCGGUUCUGGCCGACCUCACCCGCACAGGAGAGCGAAUCACCAGCCAGUUGUCGUCACCCGACGGCCCUCUGCUGGAAGAAAAGCUCCACGCCUUGAGUCGGCGCUGGAAGGCAGCGAACCGUCAGGUUGCGGAUCGACAACGCAGGCUGGCUGCAGAGGAUCCGGCCCUUGCCGACCUGUUGAGGAGAAGCGAGGGUUUGGCUUCGUGGCUGCAACAAGCGGAAAAUGCCUUUGUCACACUUCCUGUCUCCUCCACUGACCAGAACCUCAAAGAACUUAAGACCUUGGCAACAGAGAUGGACGCGCAGAAUGAACACUUGGGUUGGCUAAACAAACAUGCGCCGCAGAUCCUGGCCAGUCCCGGCGUGAGUCCACAGAGCAGAGAUGAACACGUGGGCAAACUCAGAGCUAUUAACCUUAAUUGGAGUAAGGUGACCCACGAGUUGCUAGACAAAGUGGGCCAAGUGGAGGCCGAUCUGCAAAGUCACGCCCAUUUCCGCGACAAAAUGAACCGGCUCACAGACUGGGUGGUCAUCACGCAUCAGACCAUCACAAAUCGAGGUCUGAGUCCUGGGCAAGCGCAGGCUUUGGAAGUCUCCAUGAAAGACAGGAAGAAAGACUUAGAAGACCUCUUGUCCCACUCCAUCGAGCUCCAGAGACGCCAGCAGCUUUCACCUCAUGAAAAGGGCAAGGUGGAGCAGCUGGCAGCCGAUUGGAAAGUUCUGGAUGGCCGGCUGAGGGAGUCUCUGCAGGCGCACGUCUCCCCGUGGACGUCGCACCACGCUCGGGUUGUGGAGCAUCAGCAACUUGUGGCAGUGUCUUCAGUCCCCUCAGCUGUCCAGAUGGCCAGCCUGGCAAGCGAAGACCCUCAUCACCAGACCCCGCACACACCUGAAUCCGUGGCACCCACCGACUUAAACGAGACGGCGACAGAGUUGGCCGACUGGCUGGUCCUCAUCACACAGAUGCUGAAGUCCAACAUUGUCACAGUGGGCGACAUCGAGGAGAUCAGGACCACCAUGGCGCGGCUUCAGGUAACCAAAAGAGACCUGGAGCAGCGUCAUCCUCAGUUGGAAGACAUUUUCACCCUUGCGCAGAACAUCAAAAACAAGACGUCCAACCUGGAUGUGCGCACGUCCAUCACAGAGAAACUGGAGAAGGUGCGUGGCCAGUGGGACAACACACAGCACGGCGUUGUGGCGCGACUUCAACAACUAGACAGCAUGAUCGGCCAUAGUGACCAAUGGGAGGGUCAGCGUCGGGAAGUGCAGGCUCUAAUUGGACACAAAGAAGGAUGGUUCCACAAUAUGCUGCAGCAGUCCAGAGAGUCCAGAGACCCACUGACAGUUCAGCUGGCUGAUAGCAAGACUUUUUUGCAAGAGCUGAAUCGAGGCCAAGCCGCAGUGGCGGCUUUCAACGACUUGUCGGCCCAUCUUCUGCGCGAGUACUCCAACGACGACACCCGGCGGGUGAAAGAAGUCACCGACGCGCACAACGCCGCCUGGAACAACCUCAACAACAGGGCAAACGACUACCACGGCCAGCUGGACUUUGAGCUCAAAGGUCUACAGGCAUCCCUCAGGGAGCUGGAAGCCUUCCUCAAGUGGCUCCAGGAGGCCGAGACCACCGUAAAUGUGCUGUCAGAUGCCUCCCAUAGAGAAGACCUAUCGCAGGAUUCCACCCGUGUCAAGGAGCUCAGACGACAGCUGGAGGACAUCCAGGCUGAAAUCGACGCCCACAAUGACAUUUACAAGAGCGUGGACGGCAACAAGUCCAAAAUGGUCAAAGCUCUGGGAAGCUCCGACGAGGCAGUGUUCCUUCAGCACCGGCUGGAUGACAUGAACCAACGCUGGAGCGACCUCAAGGCCAAAUCGGCAAACAUCCGCGCCCACCUGGAAGCAAGUGCCGAGCGCUGGUCCCGCCUGCUGGGUCUCCUGGAGGAGCUGUGGCGCUGGAUCUGCAUGCAGGACGAGGAGCUGGCCAAACAGAUGCCUGUCGGUGGAGACGUGCCCACCCUGCUGCAGCAGCAGAACCACUGCACGAUGCUGCAAUCGGAACUGAAAGAACGCGAGCAGCUGGUGAUCAGCACUUUGGAGCAAGCUCGCCUGUUUCUAGCUGAGCAGCCUAUCGAAGGUCCGGGUGAACCGCGCAAGAACCUGCAGCCCAAGACAGACCUCAGCCCAGAGCAGAAAGCCCGCGGACUGGCCCGGGCCAUCCGCAAGCAGACGGGCGAAGUGAGGGAGCGCUGGGAGCGUCUGCGGGGCCAUGCGGGAGGCUGGCAGAAUCAGGUGGAGCAAGCCCUAGAGCGAUUGCAAGAGCUCCAGAGCUCCAUGGACCAGCUUGAUCUGCAGCUGACUCGGGCAGAGGACGCCAAGUCCGGCUGGCAGCCUGUGGGCGACCUGCUCAUCGACUCUUUGCAAGACCACAUUGACAAGACAGUGGCAUUCCGAGAAGAAAUCAGCCCGCUGCGUCAAGACGUCCAGCUAGUAAAUGAGCUUUCUGCCGAGCUGACUCCACUGGACAUCCAGCUGUCCUCCACCGCCUCCAGGCAGCUGGACCAGCUCAACAUGAGGUGGAAGCUACUUCAGGUGGCAGUGGAGGACCGACUGAAACUACUCCAGGAAGCCCACAGAGACUUUGGCCCGUCCUCGCAACAUUUCUUAUCCACGUCUGUGCAGCUCCCCUGGCAACGGGCGGUUUCUCAAAAUAAAGUUCCAUAUUACAUCAACCACCAGACGCAAACGACCUGCUGGGACCAUCCCAAGAUGACGGAACUCUACCAAUCACUUGCGGACUUGAACAAUGUGAGAUUCUCUGCGUACCGCACUGCCAUGAAGAUCCGCCGACUGCAGAAAGCACUUUGCUUGGACCUGCUGGAUCUGAGCGUGGCCCAGAACACUUUCGGGCAGCACAAGCUGACCAACAACAACCAGUUGAUGUCCGUUCCGGAUGUCAUCAACUGCCUGACGUCCAUCUACGAUGGCCUGGAGCAGGAACACAAAGACUUGGUCAACGUGCCGCUCUGUGUCGACAUGUGUCUCAACUGGCUGCUUAACGUCUACGACACUGGUCGCAGCGGGAAGAUCCGCGUCAUGUCCAUGAAGAUUGGCUUGCUUUCUCUCUGCAAGGGACACCUCGAGGAGAAAUACAAAUACCUCUUCAGUCAGGCGGCGUCAGCGGGGGACACGUGUGACCAGCGGCAGCUUGGCCUUCUCCUUCACGAGGCCAUCCAGAUCCCCAAACAGCUUGGCGAAGUAGCCGCCUUCGGGGGCUCCAACAUUGAGCCCAGCGUGCGAAGCUGCUUCCAGCACGCCACCAACAAGGUAGAGCUGGAGCCUCGACAGUUUGUGGACUGGAUGCGUCUGGAACCUCAAUCCAUGGUUUGGCUCCCCGUCCUGCACCGAGUGGCCGCCGCCGAGACGGCAAAACAUCAGGCCAAGUGCAACAUCUGCAAAGAGUGUCCUAUUGUAGGCUUCAGGUAUCGCAGUUUGAAGCAUUUCAACUACGACGUGUGUCAGAGCUGCUUCUUCUCCGGGCGAACUGCCAAGGGCCACAAACUCAACUAUCCCAUGGUGGAGUACUGCACGCCGACAACUUCAGGCGAGGACAUGCGAGACUUUACCAAGGUGCUGAAGAACAAAUUCCGCUCCAAGAAGUACUUCGCCAAGCAUCCUCGACUAGGAUACUUACCUGUCCAGACCGUCCUCGAGGGUGACAAUAUGGAAACUCCCGUCACCCUCAUCAGCAUGUGUCCGGAGCAGUACGAGCUGUCCCAGUCACCUCACUUGUCCCAUGAUGACACCCAUUCCAGGAUAGAGCAGUACGCCAGCAGGUUGGCUCAGAUGGAGAGAUCCAACGGAUCGCUGCCUACAGACAGCAGCUCGGCAACGGGAAGCAUGGAUGAUGAGCAUGCGCUGAUCCUUCAAUACUGCCAAACGCUUGGAGGGGAAGUUUCGCCACGUAGUCAGCCGCAGAGCCCCGCGCAGAUCCUACAAGCUGUGGAGAGGGAGGAGCGUGGUGAGCUUGAGCGGGUCAUCAACCGCCUGGAGGAAGAGCAAAGGAUCCUGCAGAGGGAGUACGAGCAGCUGAAAGAGCAGCAGCGAGGGGCUCCAGCGGGAAGCCCGUGGGAGUCGGAGGUCGCGCCGUCGGCCUCCCACCCCGACGAGGCCGAUCUGCUGGCCGAGGCCAAACUGCUGCGGCAGCACAAGGGUCGUCUGGAGGCCCGCAUGCAUAUCCUGGAGGACCACAACAAGCAGCUGGAGUCGCAGCUCCAUCGCCUCAGGCAACUUCUGCACCAGCCAGCGGUGGACUUGAGGCUAAAUGGACUUUCUUCUCCCGCCGCGCAAGAUGGAGAACCACUUACGGAGAACUCAGAUGAGCUGCUGGACCCGCACAAUAGCAGCUCUGAUCUGGCUGAUGUCAUGGAGCAGAUUAACAACUCCUUCCCUGCAUGCAGUCCCUCAACAAGCCUUUCGUCCAGACCGCAGGUGAUGUGACCACAUUACAUGACCGGUGAUCCCAAAGAAGCCCCCGGACCCGGCAACUAAACCACUUCAUCCACCUUUGUCGUCGUCUACUAUGCAAAGUGUACAACGUCACCAACUGUACAUUAGUAUGGACCCCCGAGCUUUGUAAAAUAUACCCCCUAUUUUUUAAUGAUGGUCUUGUUCUGGGCUGCUUUUGGUAUUGCUUUGGUUCACUGGGAAUCAGUCUGUUACUUUUCCGUUGUCAUGCCACUGCUUUGUCCUCCAACACUGACAAAUUCAGAUUUCAAGCCCAAUUAUGGGAGAAUACACAGACUUGCCUAUUGGAAAAUGGAGUUUUUUUGCAGUAACCUUUAAAGUACAAAAGGGGUAUUCGGGUCAUACUGAAGAACAUGGGAGAAAUGAUUGUGUUACAAUAAUAAAACAAAAUUAAAAAAAAAAAAAAAAGUUUUUUGCAAUAAUUUAUAGUACAAAGGAAAGGCGAAAAUGCUGUAUUAAAAUUCUUUAAUUUUACUUUAAAAAAAAAAAAAAAUGAAAUGAAACGGAAAAAAAUCAGAUUAUGACGUAAAAUACAUUUUAAUUUCAUAAAAACAGACGAAAUGUUUUAAUGGUAAGUGGAAAAUUCUGUGUUUUAUCCUAAAAAAUUCCUAAUAUAACAAAAUAGGUUCAUGGAAAAUGGGAAGUCAAUGAAAAACAACUUGGAAUUUAUUUAUUCGUAACGUCUCCUUGUAAAUUCCUCCGAUUUUUUUCCCUUGUAUUUUCAGUGUUUCCCUAACACUCAAGCUUAAGAGCGAUACACUGAGACUUCAUUAAAACUGUGUUUGUGCCUAUACAGUUUGCCAUUCCACGUGUGGGAGGCAGGUGAGUGUACAAUAAGACAUUUUGACUAUGACACUCAUCAGACAAUGUAGGUUUUUUUUUCGGUUUGUUUUAUUUUUGGGAGGAGGGGGAAUCUUUUGGGUUCAAAAUGACCAAUCAAGAGGAAAGCCAUGAUUGCCUUGCUACCUCAGCCUCAUUUGGACACACUUUUGUUUCGAACGGAACAACUCACUGUAUCCGUGUACACUGCAUUGAGGAGCUAUCCAGUGAUUGUUUGGAGACAUUCGAGUCACUGUUACUGUACCACAAUUUGGUCCUGCUGAACCGUGUGAGUUUGUCCUUUGUUUUGUCGCGCUAUUAAUGCUCCAGUGUAUCAUGUACCACUUGUGAGACUUAACAACACUACUAUAAUCUCAUGUCUCCUGUUUGCAGGCUGUAGCUUCACAUGGGUGAAUAUUUGACCAGAUACGUUACAGUGGCAGAACUGUGUUUUUUUUCCCCUUACCCUCUUUUCUCGGUUUGUAAAAAUAGAUGGCUCACAUCAUGUGUAAAAUGGCUAUGAUGUUUUAUUUCCAAAUAAAAAUUUUAUAACAAUCUGCCCGCUGUUUUUCAGUUUUUU